AUGUCUGCUUACGACGGUGUUGGGGGUAGCCAGCCGCUUGGGACCAUGGACAAGCAGACUGCUUUGGAAUCGCGGACGCAUGCGGCAAGAUUUGACGAUGAAGAUGAGAGCCAGGACUAUCAUGAUUCUCUACGAGGUCACACAAGAGCCGAUCGCGCUGACAUGGAGCGCAUGGGCAAGGUGCAGGAGUUGAAGAGGAAUUAUCGACCAUUGUCCGCACUCGCCUUUACUGUUAUUCUCCAAGGAACAUGGGAGGUCCUCCUUACCGCAACUUAUACAGGUCUGUCCGAUGGUGGCCCAGCUGGGCUCAUCUGGAGUUUCGUAUGGACCUGGUUCGGCUUCAGCACAGUGAUGCUGUCUCUUGCUGAGAUGGCAUCCAUGGCCCCAACUGCAGGCGGCCAAUAUCACUGGGUUUCGGAAUUCUCUCCUCCUAGCGUUCAAAAGCCGCUCAGCUACUUCAUCGGAUGGAUGUCAACGCUCUCGUGGCAGGCCGGCACAGCCUCCGGGCCUUUCCUUGUCGGCACGCUGAUACAGUCCUCGGUCGUCGUAAUGUAUCCAGAUUACUCGCCUACAAACUGGCAAGGAACACUCAUGGUAAUUGCCGUGACCAUCUUGGUCUGGACGCUCAAUAUUUGGGGCUCAAAGUUCAUGCCGCUGUUUCAAAACAUCAUGUUGGUUGUACACGUCUUUGGCUUCUUGGCCAUCAUCAUCGUGUUCUGGGUCUUGUCUCCGCGGGCAACAGCAGAAGUGACAUUUACACAUUUCACCAACGAAGGCAACUGGGGCUCGACUGGACUGGCACUCAUGGUUGGCCAGAUUUCGGCAAUUUAUGCCUGUAUCUGUUCCGAUUCUGCAGCUCAUAUGGCCGAAGAGAUCAAAGACGCGGGCAAGACUGUUCCUCGUGCCAUGAUGGGCGCAUACCUGAUGAACGGUUUACUCGGCAUGGUUUUCCUCGUUAGCUACAUGUUUAUGGUUACCGACGUAAGAGCUGCGCUCGACGAUGCUAGUGGGUAUCCGCAUCUGUGGGUAUUUAGCCAGGCAGUAUCUGCAGGGGGUGUUGUAGCUCUCAACGCUAUUCCCACUAUCCUCAUCUUCGCCGGCACUUUGACCUUCAACUUGUCAACUUCGCGCCAGACGUGGGCUUUUGCUAGAGAUAAGGGGUUGCCAUUCAGCAGCUGGAUUGGCCAUGUGGAUCCAAAGUUACAGGUACCUGCAAACGCUGUGACGAUCACCUGCCUCAUCACCGUUAUCUUGAGCUUGAUCAAUAUUGGCUCAGAUGUUGCUUUCAACGCUAUCAUAUCUCUCAACGUAGUAGCCCUGAUGAUAACAUACAUGUUCUCUAUCGGCGCUGUUCUCUACCGACGUAUCCGCCACCCCGAACUUCUCCCUUCCUGCCGUUGGUCGCUCGGCAAAUGGGGCGUUCCCAUCAACAUCGGUGGUGUAUUGUACUCGACACACGCCUUCUUCUGGUGCUUUUGGCCAGAGUCUACACCAGUCGCACUGGAUAACUUCAACUGGGCGGUGGUCAUGUUCGUAGCCGUCGCUAUCCUGUGUCUGCUAGACUAUGUCAUCAGAGGUCGGAGACAUUACAAGGGCCCAGUCGUACUUGUUGAAGGAUUCAAGGGACAAUGAGUCUUGAGUGAAUGGGGAAGCGAAAGUACAGAAGCUUCACAUCUAUUUGGGCUCGGUCGUUAUAGUUCGGACGGUGUACGUGAAAACGAGACAUGUGCAGACCUAGAGGUGAUAUGAUUUAAAUUAAUGUUGAACUAUAAUGCAAUUCAAAUACACUGAUCC